GUAUUGCCCAGUCGAAAACCUUUUUCGCUCAGUAAUAUACCGGCUCUGGACGCGUCUGAUUCUAUACAGGCUGAUCGAAAAGACAUCCGAAAUGCGUGUAGAUAAUGGAAGACUGUGGGGAAAAUUACACGAUGGCAAAUUCGAGGUGCGCAGUGUAACCCAAUCCGAUCUGGAUGAGGCGCUAGAUGUUCUAGACCUCUCAUUCUUUGUCAAUGAAUCGGUGUGUGUUGCAUGUGAAAUUAAUUUACCGGAAAAUCAACAAGCCCGACAGGAGUUGCGUGAGUUGUGCAGAAUAACCGCUCUUGAUGGUGUUUCUUUGUUAGUCAAAGAGGUGGAAACUAAUCGUGUGGUGUCCGUGUCAUUUAAUAAAAUUCAGUUCACACCACCACCUGGCGAGGAGCACUUCUUUUUAAAAUUCCGCAAUGAGGCGGUCAAAAGUCCUCAGGCCAGGUGUCUAAUGGACUUCAUGAUCGAAGUGGAUGGAAGAAUCGAUGUCUGUGCCAUGUACAAUAUGGAUUGCUUCUGUGAACUGAUGUUUCUGGCCACUUUGCCGAGCCACGAGCGACUGGGACUGGGACGCUCUUUGGCCCAGUUCACGAUAGAACUGACUAAGGAGCUGGCUGAGGGAAAGGGUCUGGAUAUUGAUGAAAAGCUGAGAUCAAAACGCCCAGCUGCUGUCACCGCACUUUGGAGCUCGAGUUUCUCGCAGAAAGUGGGAAAAGCCACUAACUUUAAAGUACUUGACGCGGUUUCCUAUUCAGAAUUUACGUACAACGGCAAACGUUUUGACGAGCGCAUUAGCCCUUUGCACAAAUUCUGCGAGCUUGUAAUAUAUAAAUUUUAAAACAAGAAAAAAUUUGGUUGCCCGUCGGCCGGGAAUUGAACCCCGGUCAACUGCUUGAAAGGCAACUAUACAAGUAUAAAUAUAUGUACUUCAAAAAUGA